AUGAGCAACAAUAUGACAGCCAACGGAGACGACUGGAAAGACCUCGCCGACAGAUUAAGUGAUAGCAAGGGUAAUAAUUUGCAGGUGGGAAUCACGUUGCGUAGGAUGAUUCUCCGACUGAAUGAGCGCUCACCAUUCGCCACCGCGAGAGGCGUCUUCGACAAUGGAUGUGGCACAGGGUCAGUCAUAUCGUACAUUCUCGAUGUAUUCGGCAGCGAGAUACCGGAUUCAGCCCUUGUUUCUGCCGCGGACUUCAGCCGGCAUAUGCUCGAGAAGUUAAGAGAGACUAAAGAGGCAAAUGUCGCAGCGGGCAAGCAGGUAUGGGACCGAUUGCAGCUGCACAAUCUCGACGCUCAUGAUUUGUCUACAAUGGCUGAUGGCUCCGUCUCUCAUGUCACCGGCGGACAUCUGUACUUCCUGGUGUCCAAUCCCAGGCAGGCGCUAGAGGAGACAUAUCGCAUUCUGAGCAAGGGCGGAGUACUGGCACUCUCAAGUGGCAAAGGCAGCCAAAACCUUGAUGCACUUCACGAUGCUGUCGAAGAAAUCAGACCGGGAACAAAUUUGCAAUUGUUGCAAGAGCCAUGGUCUUCCGAAGCAGGUGUCAAAAAUGAGCUGGAGGCAUGUGGCUUCGUGGAUACCGAGACGUUCUUAGUAGAUGCUGAGAUACGAUAUGAGACACACGAUGACUUCGCAAAGACGCUGUUGCUCAUGCCAAUCAUGAAGCAGGCUAUAGAGAGCUAUACUGAAGAUGAGAAGAAGCGUUUGCUUGUUAAGUUGGUUCAAGCCCUGCGCAGUCGUAAUUCUGCCGAGCCGGGAACGCUGACAGGAACAUCGAUCGUGGCAUUUGGCUGCAGGAAUUGA